AUUAUCCGGGCAGAACAUUUACAUUUUAUUGCGCACGUCUUUUCCGCGUGCACAAGACAGGUCCAGCUGCUGUACUGCACAGCAAUAUUAGGAGAUUAAGAAAACAAAAAAUCGUUAUGCCAGAAACGGGUCAUGCAGAUUUUGGUUUUGUUUUUGAAAUUGCAUGGGAAGUUGUAAACAAAGUUGGUGGAAUCUACACUGUCAUUCGAACAAAAGCAGGUGUGACUGUCGAUGAGCUUGGUGAUGAUUAUUUUUUAAUUGGUCCUUAUAAUCACAGGCAGUGUCAAACAGAGGUUGAAAUUAUUGAGCCGGAAUAUGAAGUUAUUCGAAACACUAUCACUUCAAUGAGAGAGGAUGGAAUAAAAGUGGUAUAUGGAAGAUGGCUUAUUGAUGGAAGCCCAAAGGUUAUUUUAUUUGACAUAGAAUCUGCUCGCCACCAUUUAGCUUCAUGGAGAAAAGAUUUAUGGGAAGCGUGUCACAUUGGUAUACCCGACCACGAUUCGGAAUGCUUAAAUAUAUUGAUAUUUGGAUCAAUUGUAGCAUGGUUUCUUGGAAAGUUUCGACAUAUUGUGGGCAGUGAGCCAUUAAUCCUUGCUCAAUUCCACGAAUGGAUGGCUGGUGUUGGUCUUAUUUUUAGUCGGACACGUCAUCAUGAUAUCUCCACAAUUUUCACAACGCAUGCAACACUUCUUGGACGUUUUCUUUGUGCUGGAAGCAUAGAUUUUUAUAACAAUAUGGAUAGUUUCGACUUGGAUAAGGAAGCAGGAGACAGACAAAUUUAUCACAGAUACUGUCUUGAAAGAUGUGCAGCUACGCUAUCUCAUGUUUUUACCACUGUCUCACAAAUUACAGCAGAUGAAGCAGAACACUUACUGAAAAGACGACCAGAUAUUGUCACACCUAAUGGACUUAAUGUAAUCAAAUACACGGCGUUGCACGAAUUUCAAAACCUGCAUGCCUUAUCAAAAGGAAAAAUUCAAGAAUUCAUAAGAGGGCAUUUCUAUGGGACUUUAGAUUUUGAUCUGGACAAGACCCUAUACUUUUUUACUGCUGGCAGAUACGAAUUUCAAAAUAAAGGAGCUGAUAUGUUUCUGGAAUCCUUAGCAAGAUUGAAUUACUUAUUAAAGGCAUCAAACAGUGAUGUAACAGUAGUUGCAUUUUUGAUAUUUCCUGCUAAGACGAAUAGUUUUAAUGUUGAAGCAUUGCAAGGUCAAGCUCAUGUUAAGCAGCUGAGAUCUACCGUCAGUGAGAUUCAUGACAAAAUCGGCAAAAAGAUUUUUGACAUUGCAAUGAGUGGAAGAUUACCAGAUGCAUCAGAACUUCUACAACCCAGAGAUUUAACUUCGUUAAAAAGAUGUCUACUUGCCACACAGAACAAUAGAAUGGCACCAAUUGUAACACACAAUAUGAUAGAUGACCACCUUGAUCCAAUACUAAGUAACAUCCGUCGCAUUCAAUUGUUUAACCUUAAGACAGACAGAGUAAAGGUCAUAUUCUUUCCAGAAUUUCUUUCCAAAACUAACCCCUUAUUUCCCAUUGAUUACGAAGAAUUUGUACGUGGUUGUCAUUUGGGUGUUUUCCCGUCUUAUUAUGAACCCUGGGGAUACACACCUGCGGAAUGCACCGUGAUGGGUGUACCGAAUAUUUCCACAAACCUGUCAGGCUUUGGACGAUUUAUGGGAGAGCACAUAGAUUAUCCAGAAUUCUACGGCAUAUAUGUCAUUGAUAGAAGAUUCAAAUCAGGAGCGGAAUCUAUUCAGCAGAUGUCUGAUCAUAUGUACGAUUUUUGUCAAUUAUCUCGCAGACAGAGGAUAAUUUUACGGAACCGAACGGAACGAUUAAGUGAGCUUCUGGACUGGAAAAGUUUGGGAAUAUACUACCAGCAUGCUCGUGUAUUGGCAAUUCGAAAGACGCAUCCGGUACGAACACCAAGGCUUCGUCUCAGGAAGGAACAAUUGAAUUUAAAAUUUCCCCGACCACCAUCAGCUCCUGGAUCUCCUUCAUUAUCUCGUCAAGUAUCCGAUGAUGAGGAGGAAGAAGAUACGGAGUUUAGAUGCGGGUAUGAUUCGGAUGACGCUGUGAAGUUUCGAGCAAGAAGUACUAGUGAUGGAAGCUAAAUCAAAGCAUAAAUCAAAAUCCUUUAAUGGUUUUCAAGUAUGCGUUUGUAACAAUAUGCUAAAAGUGAAAAUUAAAGAUGUGAUUGCUUCUUACUGUAACAGCGUGUAGUGUUGCAAUAUUUUUACCUGCGUACAAAUUUAUAGUUUUUAAUUAUCUUUGUUUAUUUACAAUUCUUAUAUAUGUUGUUAAUAGUAUAAUUUUUCUCUCUUUUUUUAAAACACUAAUUUAAAUUAAGUUAAGAAUGUUCAAUUUUACUUGUCUAGCUCAUUGUGAUUAAACUUAACAGGUCUAUUGUUCGACUAGACUGGUGAAACUUCAUAAAUCUCACUAACGGAAUUUCGUCUUUACAUUUCCUAUAAUCUACCAGCAGUUUUGUUUCAGUUUUACUGGAAAAAUGUUCGUCAUUUAUUUCGUGAAAUUCAGAACUUUUUUUGUGGGUUUAAAGACAGUUAACAAAUUCAAUUAAAUGUCAUAAUCCAUUCGUAGCAUUUCUUUGAAGCUUGCAGUGUCCUCAAUAUGUAAUUUUUGAAUUAUAUUUGCUCAUCAUUGUUCUCGUCUUUUUACUUGGGAUCGUGUUUUCCCUCUUGUUUUAUGCUAUAAUUACUAUAUUGUCAAGUAGAGGAAAAUAAAUUUUUCAGCAGCCAUUCGCCUGUCUGCAUUUUGUUGUUUAUAACCCUUCUAAGUUGUGUAUAACAUUUGAAAUGCAAUGCUGGAAGAGUUUUUCAAACCAUUCAAAUAUGCUGUAUGGUGUUGUAUAAAAUAUUUGAACAGCUUGCCUGAACUUAGAGUUGGCACACAUAAUUUGCGCGGAUGGAGUAUCAGUUCUGCAUUAUUUCGCAGAUAACUUUAUUGGCAAAACCAUGAUCAUCAACAAAAUGUCUUAAGAAAUACAAUUCGCAAGAGAACUAAUCGAAUUUUGAAUUUUUCCUUUAGCAGAAGACAUUUGUAAAAUAAAACUAACUACGAUUUUAAAUUGAACUUUUCUCAACUCGACAUUUUUCCAAACACGCACCAUGUACUGUUUCUUUUGGUCCCUGUUGAAUUAUUUUUCUCUCUUUACUUUGAAGUUUGCAAUGUCGAGGCUUUUUCAGUUAAGGCAAGUCUUACCAUAAGUUUAAAAACUAAACUCGUGAAUGAAGUAAAAGUUAAUUGCUUGUAUAGGGCUGGUGGAAAGAUUAUAUAGAGAAAUUUAAUUUAGUGAUGUAUAUUUAGAAAAUAGACUUCAGGACUUGUAACUAGUUUAUUAUGAAAUAUAUAUAAUCAACAUUAUACAUAUUUGAUAGAACAUAACAUUUUGUAGUAUUAAUGCAUUGAAUAAUUUUUUUGUUAAUUUUA